CGGGCCAUCAAAAAUCCAGUUGUCAAAGUGGCGGCCCAAGUUGCUGUUUCCAAGCUGCGAGCAACAAGCUGCCUGAUCGAGUCCCGACAACACCAGUCUCGUCAUACAGCUUCAGUCUUCCAACCAGAAGUCCAACUCCAUACUCCACCAUGUCAGAAAAGAGACCAGCCUCCGACGACCUAAGCGAGGGACAGCUUGUAGUGAAGCGGCAGAACGUGGGUACGAGUCGCGCCCUCACUCGCCCCGGCGCAUCUGGCAAUGGCGCGCUCAUUCAGGCGGCGCCCAGGACCAGCGCGUUGCAAGCUCCCUUGAUGGAGCUGUCGGGGCACACGGGGGAGAUCUUCACAGCCAAGUUCGACCCAACAGGAAACCUCAUAGCGUCCGGCUCGAUGGACAGGACAAUAAUGCUCUGGAGGACAUACGGCGACUGUGAGAACUACGGCGUCCUGAAUGGGCACCGCGGUGCGAUCCUCGACCUCCAAUGGUCCCGCGAUUCCGACAUUCUCUUCUCCGCCUCUGCCGACAUGCACCUCGCGAGCUGGGACCUCACGUCAGGGGAGAGGAUACGGCGUUACGUCGGUCACGAGGAAAUCAUCAAUUCAAUGGACAUCAGCAAACGCGGCGAGGAGCUGCUAAUCAGCGGGAGCGACGACGGGACGAUCGGCAUCUGGGACCCCAGGACGAAGCACGCCGCUGACUACAUUGAGACGGAGUUUCCCAUCACUGCGGUUGCCAUCUCGGAGGCGGGCAACGAGAUUUACUCAGGCGGCAUCGACAACGACAUCAAAGUGUGGGACAUCCGUAAGAAGGCCGUCGUCCACUCGAUGCUGGGCCAUACCGACACGAUAACGUCAUUGCGGGUAUCGCCAGACGGACAGCAGCUGCUCUCGUAUGCGAUGGAUUCGACGGCAAGAACCUGGGACAUUAGGCCCUUCGCCCCGGCCGAGCGACACAUCAGGACCUUUGACGGGGCGCCGCUUGGGUUAGAGAAGAAUCUCAUCACCGGGAGCUGGGACUCGGACGGCAAGAAGAUCGCUGUUGGCGCAGGUGACGGCACUGUUGUCAUCUGGGCCAGCGACUCCGGGAAGCUGCACUACAAAUUACCUGGGCACAAGGGAACGGUAAACAGUGCCGAGUUUGCGCCUGGAGAUGCUCAUAUCAUUCUUUCCGCGUCAUCUGACCGGACCAUGCUGCUAGGCGAACUGAAGUGAGCCGGUGACUCUGCCGCACUUAUGCAAAGACUCCCCGCCGAAGUCUUACAGACGAUAAGGGGUCGCUUCUGCAAGCGGGAGUCACGAAUGCGAAGCCGCAGACUGCAGACUACGGCAGUCAACCUCGCACCCCGGCCCAAGAGUGGCAUUUUCUUAAAUGGGCAUGUGGCAGCCGAAGCGGGGUUGUUACAGGGCGACCGAGACUAGGCUGCCCUUCGAGGCGCCAAAGCAUCAGGGAUCGGCGCGGCUAGGAAGGCAGAAGACAGUGUACGGACAAGAUACCCAAAGGUUGACGGCGAUGUGCGAAAAGCGCGAAGCAGGUGCGACGGCGUGGGGCGGAUGAAGUGAUAUGGGCUAGCAGCCGAACAUGCAUGGCCUUUCCUCCCGCCACGCACUUGUAAGACUGAUGAUACCCGUCUAGGCGUCGCUGACACGUCAUCUAAUAAAGGUCAGGCCUUUUGUACUGUGG